UGUUUAAUGUUGAUGAUUUUUGUGCUAAAUUUUUCAAUUUUCGUUGAAAAAAAAACUUGUAUUAUAUACUCUCAAACAACAUAGCAAUGAGCAGCAAUCAAAUGAAUGUGACCGAUGAUGAUGAAGAUGUUACCCCGAUAUCGACGAUGAAAGACAAUAAUAUCGAUUUCAUUAAUAAUAUGAAACGUAAAGUGCAGAAAGAUGAAGAAAAUCGGCGAAAGAAAAUUUGUUCACAAGAAAUUAAUGAUGAAACCAUGACCUUAGCGUAUGAAUUAACACGAAAUCAACGACUUUGGUCGAUGAAAGUGAAUGAUGAAUUUAUUGAUGCAGUUAUUAUGACCGCCGAUGGUGGCCAUCAUGAGAAUGUCCAUCUAUGUUUAUUGCUUAUGUUGAAUGGAAAUAUAUCAAAUGCAUUAAGAUAUAUCAAAGAUCGAAAUGAUGUGAUUAAAGAAUAUGAAAUCGAUUCAUCUGUUUCAGCUGAAGUUUUAAAACAGGUCGUACACUUUGCUUAUCAAAAUCAUGCUGAUUUGAAUGAAAAAAAUUGCAUCGAAAUAGCUGAAUUUGCAGCCAAAUAUCGAAUUGAAUCAUUGGUCGAUCAUUGUCUUCGUUAUUUUCAGGAUAAUUGUACCAUUCCUAAUGUUAUGAAAGGAUUUAAAAUUUCCAUUCAAAUUGGUUCAAAUUAUCGAUCAUUUUUUCAAUCAUUUAUUGAGAAUAAUUUCCAGGAAAUUUUGACCACUAAAUUCAAAACAGAUCUUUUGACAAUCAAUGAUUGCUCGAUCUUGGAAAUAUUCUCAUCACAGCGAUUAGAUUCCAGAAAUGAAGAGCAAAUUUGGCAGAUUAUUCAUGAUUGGAUCGAUUAUGAUUGCAAUAAUCGUUUAAAAUAUAUUGAACAUGCCAUCACUAAUGUACUUCGUUUUGGACGUUUAAAGGAUGAAUUUUUAAAGACAAAAAUUUUUGGCAAUAAUCUGUUCCAACAAUUGGAGCCAUCCUUACAAACACGGCUGAUUAAUUGGAUCGAUGAUCUGAAUAAACAAACGGUCAUCAUACGAGAUGGUUUUGGAUUGAAAUAUUGUAAACAUUCAAUAUAUUAUCAACCGAGAGAAACAAAAGAAUUAUUACUAGUCGGUGGUGGUUGGGUAGAAGGAACAACAUCAAAUUCAUUUGAAUUAUAUGAUUAUCAAACCAAUCUUUGGCUUAAAUGUCCAAUGGUUUUGCAUAAUGAAAUAGCAUAUUUUGGAUUAGAAAUAAUCGAUGAUAUCGUUUAUGUAUUUGGUGGAUCAAACGGCAAAGAUGUUUAUCAGAAUUUACAUGCAUUCGAUCUGAAUGAUCCACGACGAAAAUGGACAAGUAAAUGUUCAAUGAUUGAAUGUCGAUGUUACGUAUCCAGUGCUAAUUUAAAUGGCUUAUUAUAUGCGAUCGGCGGAUUUAAUCGUCAAACAAGAGUUCGAAGUUGUGAACGUUAUAAUCCGUCAUCAGAUAGUUGGCAAUUUGUUGCCGAAUUGAAUUAUAGCCGAUCCGAUGCAUCGGCCGUUGUUCAUGAUGGAAAAAUUUUUAUUGCUGGUGGUAUCAAUGAUUCCGGUAUUGAAAGUUCUGUUGAAAUUUAUUAUCCACAAUUGAAUCAAUGGCGGCUAAUCCGAUCUAUGUCAACGCCACGUACUAGUUUUUCCAUUGUUUCAUUUCAGAAUAAAAUCUGGGCUUUAGGCGGUAAUGAUGGUGUUAAAAGAUCUGGAUCGGUCGAAUGUUAUGAUCCGGAAUUGAAUAUAUGGAAUGAAGCGGAAAAUAUGCUUAUCAAACGAAGUACAUUUAGUGCAAUUGUUUUAAAGGGAGAACUAUAUGUUGUUGGUGGUUAUAAUAGUCAAUCGCCUAUUUGUGAUGUAGAAAAAUACGUACCGAAUAUCGGAUGGGUAAAAGUGAAACCUUUACGACAUGAUCGUAGUGGCCUUAAUCUUGUGUGCAUACCGAACAAAUAUAAUUUUCUAAAAAUUUGAAAAAAAAAAAAAUUUAAAAGUAGUUUAAACACUGUCUUUUUAAAUAAAAGAUGGCAGCUCUCUCGAGUAGUUAUCAUUUUAGUUGA